AUGACACUCUGCUCAGAGUGGAUCUCCUCCAUGUUUGCGCGUACUGAUCGAGUCCCGCUGCUAGGACCCAGUAGCCUGGCCAUAGUAGACCCAGCUAGGAGGUUAGCUACCCGCUAGCCAGACACUCGGUUCUCUCAACAGGGCCCACCUCCCUUGCUAAGCCUUUAACAAACAGGAAUAACGGAACCAUUGCUCGCCAUGUUGGACCCAUAUAUCGCUAUCGUCACACAGCGCUAGGAAAGCGGUGCAGUGGUUCUGGUGGGUAACACGUCCGUGUCAGGGAGCCAGGAGAUCACCCUGUCCCCCGCUUGGUGGUCAUAUCUGACAGCUCAUAACGUAAAAUAGGUGUUGACGAAGAUUGUGGCUGCAGAUAUAUACGUGUGGAAACGAGAAUUCAAGACGAGUUGUAAUGCAACUUUUUCUAUUCCGUUGAUCUGUCACAACCGUAACAUUGGACGUCACGUGUUCAGAUCAUUUAUAAGGUGAUUGAUCCAAAUGAAUUAUGUUUUCCCUGAUAUCAUAGGUACGCGAUAAGGCUUCUAUAUGAGAUCAAUAUCUUUCAUACCGUUACCUGGUUCACCUCUGUGUGUUGUGAUGAAUGGCCCUUGCAGCAACUAUUCUGUUCAGAACAAUUGUGAUCAGGCGGAUCGCAGAAAAACAUUGACAGCUGUGUAAUUAACUACUUUAUAUCGGAAUUGCAGAGGGAUAACAGAGUAUGCCAAUUUGAUCAAUACACUGCUGCACAUGCAUAUUAGAUGGCGACAGAAACGUCGACCACGUAGCCUGUGGCAUUUAAAGCUUCACUUAAAGCCUUUUCAGUUCACCAAAAGCUUUUCUAUGCACAAUGACGUUGCUAUUGGUUUCUAUGAUGACUUUUAACCACAUUCAGCCAAACAUAUAUCCUACACUGUGGGAACAAUGAAGCACUGGAUUUCCUUGUUUGUUGUUUGUCAUGUACUCACUAUUCAUCAUCAGUCAGCCUGCCCGUCUAUUUGUCUGGUGGUGAAAUGGUGUGAUGUUUUCCCCAGUAGGGCACAGAGCACGGAGCAAUGCUAGUUUGCAUUUAAAAUCUGUUUCAAGGCAAGUUGACAAGGACGAAUGGCCGCUAUGAUUCUAGUCUUUGUCAUAGUUAGUCACACUAGGAUCUCUGUUCUCUCACAUCGAUUUAACCCAGGGAUCUUCCAAGUUCGCUGAACACCAAAGCUAGUUUUUGUGUGAACCAGGUCUCGAGCAGCAUAAGACAUGGCCCUAGAAUUCACAUAUCCUUCCGGUUGUUGACAGACCUUUUAUAAAGCGAUGUAUUGAUCGGAGCUAAAAGCUGGAAGGACAGUCAGUCACAUGACCCCACCCCCUGGAAAGGGCUGGAUCUUUUUAUAAAUCACCAUCUCCAGGUCCACAGACUUAAAGUGCUCCGACCGGCACCGGACCUAGUGUCUGUCUGUAGUGUGUCCGGGUACGUUGCUCCUCUCUGGGCUGCGUUCAUCCUGCAGCUGGUGGGGGAGAGGCUGCCGAUCCAUAGCUCUGAGACUCCUGGCUCCGCAGGCCGGCGUCUCCAUCCAGGAGGUCUAUGCGUCAACGGGACCGGGGCGUGUUUACAGCGAGACAGAUUCCUCACUCACGGCAGGUCUUCUGCAGUCAAGGCUGUGAGGCUCUCGUAGGGGCUUUGUGUUUUGGGUUUAGAUCCCCUAUGGGGGUACGGUGACGUCGGUGACGGUACUGAUGAACGGCGGGCCGCAUCACAACAGACCUGUUCUGCCACCCGGCACACCAACGCCACGGUGACGGUGAGGUCGUCGGGAAGGAAGUGGGAGCCUAUCAGAGCGCUGACUCAGGCGCUUGGCAGGGAGAGGUUGUAAAGCUAACGCCGUUUCCCGUGUGCUCGGAGAGGAAACGCACGCGGGCCAGAUCUGCUGAACCUGCAACUCUUUCUCUCACUUUCACCGCUUUCACUUCCAUCGGUCGGUGCUGGUACGUUUGCUUAAACGUGUCCCAGUAGCUUCCAGUGUGGAAUCCAGCGUCGCUGCAACAAAUGAGGGAGUCGAAGUACACGUGCCUUGCGGCAAAACACCCGUGGUUGAGUUCUAGCUGGUCUUUCAAGAAGAUGAACGUCAUCAAGGAAAACAGAGACCUGGCCUGCUUCUAUACGACCAAGCACUCGUGGAGAGGAAAGUACAAGCGGGUGUUCUCUGUGGGCACCCACGGCAUCACCACCUACAACCCCACCACGCUAGAAGUCACCAACCAGUGGCCGUAUGGCGACAUCUGUGGCAUCGGGCCGGUGGGCAAGGGCCAGGGCACAGAGUUCAACCUCACGUUCCGCAAGGGCAGCGGCAAGAAGUCGGAGACCCUCAAGUUCUCCACGGAACACCGCAUGGAGCUGCUCACGGAGGCGCUGCGAUUCAGAACAGAUUUCUCGGAGGGGAAGAUAACAGGCAGGGUGAGCAUUAAAGACGCUAACACAACUUGCUACAAGCAACACUGGAGCGACACGCGGCGGGCCGUGAGCCUGGAGGUGACGCCGGGGGGCAUCGACCAGAUAGACCCCCAGACCAACCGCGUGCUGUGCUCCUACGACUACCUCUCCAAUCGAUGGCUUUCGCCUAGCUGCGUCCGCCUACCAAUGGGGUUCUGCUCCUGUCAUGCGGCUCACCGGCUCUUACAUCUGUUUGCCUCGGAGCACCGCGACGACAUCAUCCGCUGCGCCAUAGAGCAUGCUGGGAACUACAUCGGCAUCACGCUGCGGCUGCGGAAGGACCCGCUGACCUUUGAGGUGUUCACCGCCGAGCGCCUGGGGAAGUACAGCUCCGACGACAGCAUCACGUCACUGGCCGAGUUCGUGGUGCAGAAGAUCUCCCCCCGACAUCAGGAGCCCGUGAAGCGCAUCCUGGCUCUGACGGAGACAUGCCUGGUGGAGCGAGACCCCGCCUCCUACAACAUCGUCACCAUCAAGCCUUUUGGAGAGGUCUUUGCACUGAUCUGCGACGUGGAGAACCCCCAGAUCUUCACAGUGGAGUUCAUCAGAGGCCAGAUCAGAAAGUUCUCCUCCACAGAGAGAGACGCCCUGCUGGCCAGUCUGCUGGACGGCGUGCGGGCGUCGGGGAACCGGGACGUGUGUGUGAAGAUGGCGUCCACCCAGCGGGGCCAGCGCUGGGGCCUGCUGAGCCUGCCCGUGGACGAGGAGGUGGAGAGUCUGCACCUCAAGUUCCUGGCAGCGCCCCCUAACGGGAACUUUGCGGACGCCGUGUUUCGCUUCAACGCCAACGUCUCUUACAGCGGAGUCCUCCACGCCGUCACACAGGACGGCCUGUUCUCGGAGAACAAGGAGAAGCUGAUCAACAACGCCAUCCUGGCCCUGCUGUCCCAGGACACGGAGCUGCCGGGGCCCAACACCGAGCUGGAGAGCCACUUCCAGGCCAUCCGCCGCCUGGUCGCCUCCAAGGCCGGCUUCCAGGCCUUCACACAGCUGCCAAAGUUCAGGGAAAAGCUGGGUGUGAAGACGGUGAAGGCUUUGAAGCGAAACAAUAACAGCGUGACCCACGCCGCCAUAGACAUGCUCUGUGCUCUGAUGUGUCCCAUGCACGACGACUAUGACCUGCGUCAGGAGCAGUUGAACAAGGCCUCCCUGCUGUCCUCCAAGAAGUUCCUGGAGAACCUGCUGGAGAAGUUUAUCAGCAACGUGGACCACGGCACCGGGGCCCUGGUCAUCAGCUCCCUGCUGGACUUCCUGACCUUUGCCCUCUGCGCGCCCUACAGUGAGACCACGGAGAGCCAGCAGUUUGACAUGCUGCUGGAGAUGGUCGCCUCCAACGGUCGCACCCUCUUCAAGCUCUUCCAGCACCCGUCCAUGGCCAUCGUGAAGGGAGCCGGUCUGGUGAUGAAAGCCAUCAUUGAGGAGGGAGACAAGAACAUCGCCACUAAGAUGCAGGAGCUGGCUCUGAGUGAGGGAGCCCUGCCCAGACACCUACACACCUCCAUGUUCACCAUCAGCUCUGACCAGAGGAUGCUGACCAACAGACAGCUGAGUCGCCACCUGGUGGGUCUCUGGACGGCGGAGAACCCCACCGCCAUGAACCUGCUGAAGAGGAUUCUGCCCACCGGCCUGCUGGCUUACCUGGACAGCCCUGACCCCGUCCCUGAGAAGGACACGGACAGGAUGCACAUCCGGGACAACCUCAAGAUCGCCACGGACCAGAUGGGCCGGGUCAAGGUGCCCGACUGGCAGCGCAUGGCGGGCAAGGCGGCCAAGGAGGUGGAGAAGUUUGCCAAGGAGAAGGCCGACAUCGUUCUGAUGCACUGGAGGGACAAGAUGGGCAUCGUGAAGAAGGAGGACAGGAAUAACCUGAAUCCCAACCAGAAGCCUGUCAUCUUGCGGAAGAGGAGACAGAGAAUCAAGAUAGAGUCCAACUGGGAGCUGUUUUACUACAAGUUCCAGCUGGACCACGCCCGCUCCAACCUGAUCUGGAACCUGAAGACGCGGGAGGAGCUCCGUGACGGCCUGGAGGGGGAGAUGAGGGCCUUCAGCGUGGACCGCGAGCUGGGCAGCGCCAGCGUCAUCUCCUGGAACCACCAGGAGUUUGAGGUGCGGUACGAUUGCCUUGCGGACGAGAUCAAGAUCGGAGAUUAUUACCUUCGCCUUCUGCUGGAGGAGGACGAGAACGACGAGUCCAGCGGCAUCAAGAGAUCGUAUGAGUUUUUCAACGAGCUGUACCACCGCUUCCUGCUCACCCCCAAGGUGUCCAUGAAGUGUUUGUGUCUGCAGGCGCUGGCCAUCGUCUACGGGAAGUGCUGUGAGGAGAUCGGACCCUUCAUCGACACCAAGUACAUCGUCGGCAUGCUGGACAGAUGUACGGACCGACUGGAGCGAGACAGAAUCAUUCUCUUCAUCAACAAACUUAUCCUCAACAAGAAAAACGUGAAGGAGGUGAUGGACUCCAACGGGGUGCGGAUCAUGGUGGACCUCCUCACCCUGGCCCACCUCCACACCAGCAGGGCCACGGUCCCACUACAGACCAACGUUAUCGAGGCGUCCGCGGACAUGAAGAGAGAGAGUGAGAAGGAGUGGUACUUCGGCAACGCAGACAAGGAGAGGAGAGGGCCCUUCAGUUAUGAAGAGAUGCAGGAGUUCUGGAGCGCGGGCGUGCUAACCGCUAAGACGAGGUGCUGGGCGCAGGGCAUGGACGGCUGGCGCCCCCUGCAGGCCAUCCCUCAGCUCAAGUGGUGUCUCCUAGCAACAGGCCAGGCGGUGAUGAAUGAGACGGACCUGGCCACACUCAUCCUCAACAUGCUGAUCAGCAUGUGCUCCUACUACCCCAGCAGGGACCAGGACAACGCCAUCAUCCGCCCGCUGCCCAAGAUCAAGAGGCUGAUCAGCGACAACACCUGCCUGCCUCACAUCGUCCAGCUGCUCUUGACCUUCGACCCCAUCCUGGUGGAGAAGGUGGCCAACAUGCUCUACCUGGUGAUGCAGGACAACCCCAACCUCCAGCGCCUGUACCUCACCGGGGUCUUCUUCUUCAUCAUGAUGUACACCGGCUCCAACGUGCUGCCCGUCGCCAGGUUCCUGAAAUACACUCACCUCAAACAGGCCUUCAAGUCCGAGGAGUCCAAAGGGCAGGACAUUGUGCAGCGCAGCGUGCUGGGCCCGGUGCUGCCCGAGGCCAUGGUGUGCUACCUGGAGAACUACGAGGCCGAGCGCUUCUCGGAGAUCUUCCUGGGGGAGUUUGACACGCCCGAGGCCAUCUGGAGCAGCGAGAUGAGGCGUCUCAUGAUCGAGAAGAUCGCCGCCCACCUGGCGGACUUCAGCCCGCGGCUGCAGAGCAACACGCGGGCCCUGUACCAGUACUGCCCCAUCCCCGUGGUCAGCUUCCCCCAGCUGGACAACGAGCUCUUCUGUAACAUCUACUACCUCAGGCACCUCUGUGACGCUGUGCACUUCCCCGGCUGGCCCAUCCGAGACCCGGUGAAACUACUAAAGGACACCCUGGAGGCGUGGAAGAGAGAGGUGGAGAAGAAACCUCCGUCCAUGUCUGUAGACGAAGCGUAUGAGGUCCUCAACCUGCCCAAAGGACAGGGACAGCAUGAUGAGAGUAAGAUCAGGAAGGCCUACUUCCGCCUGGCCCAGAAGUACCACCCUGACAAGAACCCAGAGGGCAGGGAUAUGUUUGAGAAAGUGAACAAGGCCUAUGAGUUCCUGUGCUCCAAGUCGGCCCGCAUCGUAGACGGGCCCGACCCGGAGAACAUCAUCCUCAUCCUGCAGGCCCAGAGCAUCCUCUUCAACCGCUACAAGGAAGAACUGGAGCCCUACAAGUACGCCGGAUACCCCAUGCUCAUCAAAACCCUCAUCAUGGAGACCAGCGACGUCCAGCUGUUCUCAAAGACCUCGCCGCUGCUGCCCGCGGGCACGGAGCUGGCCUUCCACACGGUCAACUGCUCCGCGCUGAACGCAGAGGAGCUACGGCGGGAAGAGGGCAUCGAGGUGUUGCUGGAGGCGUUCUCUAGGUGUGUGGCCGUUCUCACAGCCUCCAGUAAGCCAGGAGACAUGUCUGUCCAGGUGUGCGGGCACAUCUGUAAGUGUUACAGCGUGGCGGCUCAGUUCGAGGAGUGCCGGGAGAAGAUCAUAGAGCUGCCCAACAUCAUCAGAGACCUCUGUCACCUGCUCUACUACGGCAAGGGUCUCCCCCGGACCGCCGCCCUGGCCGUGCAGUGCGUCAGCUCCUUUGCGGUGGACUUCUUCCUGCAGACCCACCUGUACCAUGCGGGCGUGCUGUGGCACCUGCUGGUCUACCUCUUCAACUACGACUUCACGCUGGAGGAGGGCGGUGUGCAGGCCAGCCAGGACUCCAACCAGCAGGAGGUGGCCAACAGCCUAGCCAGGAUCAGCCUGGUGGCUCUGGGCCGCCUGGGGGGCUACGCCCAGCUGAAGCCCCCCCCCAGCCCCGGCGACGGGGCGGCCCCGGAGACCAACGGGGUGGACGCCACGCCUCCGGAGAACCCCACCAUCCGCAAGAGCCUGGCGGCCAUGUUGACGCCGUACGUGGCCCGCCGGCUGGGCUCGGGGACCCCCGCCGAGGUGUUGAAGCUGCUGAACAGUAACUCUGAGAACCCCUACCUGAUCUGGAACAACGGGACGCGGGCGGAGCUCCUGGAGUUCCUGGAGGAGCAGCAGCGGGAGAACAUCCACAUGGGAGAGAACGACAAGACCUUUGGCUCUGAGUUUGUGUUCAGUGACCACAGCAAGGAGCUGAUCGUGGGGGAGAUCUUCGUCCGGGUCUACAACGAGCAGCCUUCCUAUCCCCUUGAGUUCCCCAAGGCGUUCGCGGCCAGCCUGCUGGACUACGUGGGCUCCCAGGCCCAGUACCUGUACACCCUGCUGGCCAUGAGCCAGAGCAACAAGGUGGAGUCCCAGCAGCACGCCGAGCGCCUCCGCUUCGCCGAGAUGGCCCUGGAGGCGCUGCGCAACGUCAUCAAGAACAACCCUGGUUCAGAAACGGAGUGCAUCGGACACUUUAAGCUGCUCUUCUCCUUGUUACGCGUCCACGGAGCUGGCAAGGUCCAGCAGCUUGCUUUAGAGGUGGUCAACACGGUGACGUCCAACCAGGAGUGUGUGAGCAACAUCUCUGAGUCCCUGGUCCUCUCCAACCUGCUGGUCCUCCUCCACUCUCUGCCCUCCAGCCGCCAGCUGGUGCUGGAGACUCUGUAUGCCUUGACCUCAAACACAAAGAUAGUCAAAGAGGCUAUGGCCAAAGGUGCUCUGAUCUACCUGCUGGAUCUCUUCUGUAACUCCACCCACCCCCAGGUACGCUCCCAGACGGCAGAACUCUUCUCCAAGAUGACCUCAGACAAGCUAGUCGGUCCCAAGGUGCGUCUGACGCUGAUCCGCUUCCUGCCCGGCGUGUUCAUGGACGCCAUGCGGGACAACGCCGAGGCGGCCGUGCACAUCUUCGAGGGGACGCACGAGAACCCCGAGCUCAUCUGGAACGACGGCUCCCGCGAGACCGUCUCCACCACCGUGCGGGAGAUGAUGCUCGAUCACUUUAAACAGCAGAAGGAUAACCCUGAUGUCAACUGGAGGCUGCCGGAGGAGUUCACGGUUGCAUACGGGGCGGGACAGGGGGAGCUGGAGGUGGGCGGGGUCUUCCUGCGUAUCUUCAUCGCCCAGCCCGGCUGGGUCCUGAGGAAGCCCAGAGAGUUCCUGGUCUCUCUGCUGGAGACCAUCACGGAGCUGCUGGAGAAGAACAACCCCAAUGGAGAGGCCCUGGAGACAGUUACCACGGCAGCAGUGUGUCUGUUCAGCACGCAGGGCCAGCUGGCCGACCAGGUCCCUCCUCUGGGCCACCUGCCGCGCAUCCUGGCCGCGCUCAACCACCGCAACAACGCCAUCCCCAAGAGCGCCAUCCGCCUGCUGCACGUCCUGUCGGACAAUGAGCUGUGCGUGCGGUCGAUGGCGGCGCUGGAGACCAUCGGGCCCCUGAUGAGUGGCAUGAGGUCGCGGGCCGACAUGGCGGGGCUCGCCUGCGAGGCCCUCAACCGCAUGUUCCAGAAGGAGCAGACCGACCUCGUUGCACAGGCCUUGAGGGUGGAGCUGGUCCCCUACCUCCUGAAGCUGCUGGAGGGCAUCGGUCUGGAGACGCUGGACAACCCCUCCGCCACCAAGGCCCAGAUCGUCAAGGCCCUCAAGUCCAUGUCGCGCAGCCUGCAGUAUGGAGAGCAGGUGAACGAGAUCCUGGCCAGGUCCAGUGUGUGGAGCGCCUUCAAAGACCAGAAACACGACCUGUUCAUCUCUGAAUCGCAGACGGCCGGGUAUCUCACAGGUCCAGGAGUAGCGGGCUACCUUACGGCCGGGACGGGCACCACAGUCAUGCCCAGUGUCCCGCCCCCUGUGGACAACGACAUUGGGGACCUGGGUUGACGGAAUCACGGACACAAUCCCGCUCAGGCGCCCAGACCAGCCCCCCCCCC